AUGUACAACGGUAUCGGUCUACAGACUGCGCGUGGAAGUGGUACCAAUGGAUACGUUCAGCGGAAUUUGUCAUACAUACGGCCUCGCGACAGCGCUCCUACGCAGCGCCUGGAAGAGGUGAGCAAGCCGCGCUCUACGCAGCCAGACGCGGCUAUAUUAGAUCAUGAACGCCGGCGUAAGAUUGAGAUACAAUGUAUUGAGCUACAGGAUGAAUUAGAAGAAAAAGGCCUUCCUGAUGAUGAAAUUCAGGCAAGAGUUGCAUCUCUGCGCCGUGGCCUUCGCGCCCGCUUGGAGCGAGCGCCAAAACAGUACUUCUCUCACACUCACGAAGAAACCAAACAGCUCCGUCCUUCAGAUACCCAUAAUCGAGGUGCAGCCAAAGAGAUCGAGGCUCAAACUAUGCAACGCGCUCUAAAGAUUCGACCCGACUACGAAGAGGGACAGGCGUUUGAUCCUGUUUGGCAGGAAAGAAGAAAAUGGGAACGCAUCGAGCAGUACGAACGGCGUCGAGAGGUCGCUUCGGGAUCUGAGAGUGCAUCGAGUCGCAUCAGCCGAUGGGACCGAGAAGAACGACCAUCUCCCGGCUCCUCCUACCGCGAGCACUCUCCGCCUAAACGUUCACAUGUAUCGUAUGACGAUGUAUAUGACGCGCCGCCCGCGGACGUUUCGUCACGCACGCCUUCCCCCCCGCCAACGACAGAGAGGCCGUUGGAUGUGCAUCCUGUCACGUGA